AGCUUUCCUUACAUCCCAUCAACUUCGAAGCUCAUCAGGAGGAAACAAUGGCUACAACACCAGGCCCCUUAACCAGCUGGCCAUGGCAAAAGCUCGGAAGCUUCAAGUACGUGGUCUUGGCACCUUGGGUAGCACAUAGCAUAUAUUCGUUCGUGACAAAGGACCCAAAAGAUAGAGACUUGACAAAUUUGCUUAUCCUCCCAUAUCUUCUAUGGAGGUUGGUUCACCACCAAGCAUGGAUAACCUUGGCUCGCCAUCAAACUGCUAAAAGCAAGCACAGGAUACUGGACAAGGGCAUCGAAUUUGAACAAGUAGAUAGAGAAAGAAACUGGGAUGACCUUAUUCUCCUAAACGGUAUUCUGUUCUACAUGGCUAAUUUGAUUUUGAAUGAAUCAAAAAAUUUACCAAUGUGGAGGACAGAUGGUGUGGUUCUCAGCUUUCUCCUUCAUAUGGGCCCAGUUGAGUUCCUCUAUUAUUGGCUUCACAGAGCAUUGCACCACCAUUUCCUUUACUCUCGCUACCAUUCCCACCAUCAUUCGUCCAUUGUUACAGAACCCAUUACAGCUGUUGUUCAUCCAUUUGCGGAACACAUAGCCUAUUUCGCACUCUUCUCAAUCCCCAUGGUUGUGACAUUGUUCAAUGGAACUGCUUCAAUAGCAUCCUUGUUACUAUACAUAACUUACGUUGAUUUUAUGAACAACUUGGGUCACUGCAAUUUUGAAGUAGUUCCGAAGUGGAUUUUCGACAUCUUCCCUUUCGUCAAGUAUCUCAUGUACACUCCAUCGUUUCACUCUCUUCACCACACGCAAUUCCGGACCAAUUUCUCUCUGUUCAUGCCUCUGUACGACUACAUGUAUGGUACCAUGGACAUCUCUUCAGAUAAACUAUACGAGACUUCACUCAAGGGGAGGCCGGAGACACUGAACGUGGUUCAUCUAACACAUCCAACCACGCUUGAAUCCCUUUACCAUCUACGACCAGUUAUCGCCUCAUUGGCUUCUGGGCCUUACGCUCCCAAAUGGUACUUAUGGAUGCUGAGGCCGGUCACAUAUUUGUCCAUGCUGUUGACAUGGAUCUUUGGCUCCACCUUCACCAUUGAGAGGAACGUCUUCGAUGAUGAACUCAAAAUGCAGACAUGGGCAAUACCAAGAUUUAGUUUCCAUUACUUCUUAUCAUGGCACAAGGAUGCCAUCAAUCGCUUAAUUGAGAAAGCUAUACUGGACGCCGAGCAAAGAGGGGUUAAGGUGUUGAGCUUAGGUCUUCUAAAUCAGGGAGAAGAACUGAACAAAAACGGAGAACUUUAUCUCCAGAAGCACCCAAACCUCAAAGUUAGAAUUGUAGAUGGUAGUGGAUUGGCCGUUGGUGUUGUACUUAAUAGCAUUCCCCAAGGAACAAAACAAGUGCUUCUGAGAGGAAGGACUACCAAGACUGCAAUCGCCAUUUCCAGAGUUUUAUGCCAAAGAGGGAUCCAGGUAGCUAUGAUAGACAAGAAUCAAUUUGAUAGGCUCAAAUUAAGACUGCCUACAGAGCUAUGGAGUAAUUUGUUCCUCUCCACUAACUACAAUUACAAGGUAUGGUUGGUGGGAGAGGGAGCUCUGAAGGACGAAGAACAGAGACAGUUACCAGAAGGGACCCAUUUCAUUCCAUUCUCUCAGUUUCCUCCAAAGAGAGUACGCAGCGACUGUAUUUACUACACUACACCAGCCCUGAGGAUCCCUAAGGCUCUUGAGAACGUUCACUCAUGUGAGAAUUGGCUGCCAAGACGGGUGAUGAGUGCAUGGCGUGUGGCAGGAAUAGUCCAUGCCCUGGAAGGAUGGGAUGAACAUGAGUGUGGAGACACAGUACUUGACGUAGACAAAGUAUGGACUGCAAGUCUUCGCCACGGAUUCCUUCCUGUAGCUCGCGCUUGAUCCAUUGAAUUGCACCCACUCGAAGAGUUGUUGAUGAUAGUAUUGAUAUUUGUCUUCUCUGUGUGUUAAAAAAAGGAUGGCUGUGAUAUGUGAAAAUUUUCCUUUGUUUGUAGAGAACGUUCCCAAACUGGGAAAGCUGAAAGCAUAAAAGCAGAUCUCCACCUAGUUAACCUAGUUAUUGAAUAAUAUUAAUGAAUGGAUUUUGACUUGUUGGAUA